CGAACAGUGGCGACUCAAAUCCGAGCGGAGCCGGCAGACCCUCGCCGCUAUGCUGGUUGAUGUUAGUGUGGACAGAGGGGCGCUGCCUCAUUGGGCUGGUGACCACCCAGUUCUGAAUAAAGGCUUCCUAGGGAGAUCUCAGGGCAGAAGAAAGGAGAGCCUGUUGGAUCUGUGAGUCUUUGAGAGGCGAAGGAGACCAUAGUGGCUCAAACGUCUAAGAGAGUUUCACUAAACUGCGGAAGGUGCUUCUGAGAGGCAAAGGUGGCUGAAAUCUGCAAACGAGUGGUCCCUGGGAGGCGUUUCCAAGAACUCAGUGCGCGGUUGAAGGAUCCCACAGACUUCUUUAUAAGAUGAAAGUUGUGUCCCAGUUUGGAUUUGUGCAUUCGAGAUUCCUCGUGGAGGGACAAGUGGAUGAUAAGAUCUUUCUGCACUAUGACAGUGAAAAGGGCAGGGCAGAGCUCCAGGGGCCAUGGGCGGAUCUGCAAAAUGAAAAAGAGACCACUUUCUUGAAGGAGAAGGAGAAGAAACUCAGAAUGAGUAUGGCAGAAAUCAUGGCCCUGCAGAGCAGGGAAAAAGCCUUGCAUUCCCUCCAGGAGGAUCUGGGCUGUGAGAUCCGUGAAGACAACAGCACCAAGGGCUUCUGGGAUUUCCACUAUGAUGGGGAGCUCUUCCUCUCCUAUCACCCGGAGACCCAGAGAUGGACAGCGCCCCAGUCCUCGGCUCAGUCUUUGGCCAUGGAAAUCAAGAACUCUUGGGAUGAAGAUGGCACUCAAGAUAAGAAAUCCCAGCCCCACGAGGAGGCAGACUGCCUUCAAAAACUGCAAAGAUAUCUGAUUUACUGGAGAGAGUUCAAGGAGAGUACAGUGCCUCCCUCGGUGAAUGUGACCUGCAGCGAGGCCUCGGAGGGCGAGCUCACCCUGACGUGCUUGGCUUUUGGCUUCUAUCCCCCACACAUCUUGGUGACCUGGCUUCGGGAUGUGAAGCCCCUGAGCCAGGACUCUCAGCAGUCUGGGGGUAUCCAGCCUCAUGGGAAUGGGACCUACAGGACCUGGGUGGUCACGAGGAUUUCCCAAGGAGAGGAGCAGAGGUACACCUGCUUCGUGGAACACGGCGGGGAGAAUAGCACACACCCUGUGACCCCCGGAGAGGUGCUCGUGUGGUGGAAUCCGUGGGCAAUUAUUAUUUCAGUCAUCAUCGCGGGUGCCAUUAUUACUCUUACUGCUUUGGCCUUUUAUUGCUGCAAAGACACCAGAUGCAGAGGCCCCAGAGGUCAUGAUGCUACAAGCUGUGAACCAACUAACACCAGAUGGUGCCAACAGACUGCCAACAACCAUGCUGCUAGCUCCAGUCUUCCUGUACAGCUCUUGCCCCCACAGGUUUAACUGGUGGAGCCUGGAAUCCACAGCCAGGCGACCUGGAUUCAAAUGCCUGCUCUGCCCGAACCAGCACUUUCUCAGUUUCUUCAUCUGUAAAACAAUGAGGAUAUUAUAGCACUUACCUCUAGGGUAGAGUUCAUUUUGGGCCACCUCAUUCUUUUUGUGGUGGGUGCUAUCUUGUGCACUUUAGGAUGUUCAGCAGCAUCCCUGGCCUCUACCCACUACAUGCCAGAAGCCUGUCCUGUUUUGACAAGCAAAGGUGCUGCCAGGUAUUUCAGAAUUCUCCUGAGGCCAGAGUUGCCCCCGAUUGAGAAUCACAGGGGUGUGUCCUUACUCCUUCUUCAGCCUCCUUAGGUAGAUUCUGAAAUGCAUGAAAUUCAAUUCUAGUAAUUAGCACAUUUUGACUUGCGUGAUACAUGCUUUUUAUUCCUAGUGGAGUUCUCAUUCAUUUAGGGCAGGGAAUGCAUCUUCUCAAUUCUGUUAUCUGGAUGACUUAAUUCAAUUUAUUUUCCUUUGCUUGUCUCAGAAGCAUGUUGCUUCUCAGCUAGAAAAUGUGAAUAUGAAUAAUACCUGCAUUGUGUUUAUUCCUGGGUGCUUUAUUCUUUCCUUAGGAAAAUAUUUAUUGUACACACACCCUAAUAUUUAAGAAACUAUAUUCAACUAUUGUAAAUUUUCAGUCUGUCUAAGAUUCAUGUCUUGCAGUUUUUAUAAAGAGUGUUUUCAUUAUUGUUUCUGUGAUGUUUCUUUCCAUUUUUAAAAUUUCAACCUUUCUGCAAACUUCUACUGAAAGUGUGCCUUUUGUAAACAGCAUAUGGUUACUGUGCCUGUUUGGAUAUAUUAUGUUCCCCCAAAAUUCAUGUUUUGAUCAAAUCUUGUGAGAUAUUUGGAUCAGGUUGCUUCCAUGGAGAUGUGAGUCACGCAACUGUAGAGGAUAACUCUGAAUUAUUUCCAUAGAGGUGUGGCCCCACCCAUUCAGCGUGGGUCUUGAUUAGUUUACUGGAGUCCUUUAAA